AUGCGGUCUCCUCCUCUUCUUAUAAAGACGCGGCUCCGCUCCAACGCCGGUGAGAGGAAGAGAGGAGCAGCCGCAACAUGCCGGUCACCGGAGGGGGAAUCUGCCAGGCUGGAGCCUCCUCAUCAGCCUCACCCACAGAGGGAAAACAUGCAAACAUGAACUCCCAGCCUGACAACGACCACCAGCAGCAGUCUGGCAACGGGUGCAACCACCAGGUUCCAAACCAGAAUCACAAACCCCAGAGCGUGGACAGACCUGAGAUGCAGGCCCUGCCCAUGCCGGUCCCAGAGCCAACCAUCCAACACACUAAGUUGUUCAUCAACAACGAGUGGCAGGAGUCAUGCAGUGGGAGAAAGAUUCCUGUGUAUAAUCCCGCCACAGGAGAGCUGCUGUGUGAUGUGGAGGAGGCUGAUGCAGAAGAUGUUGACAAGGCAGUGAGGAGCGCCCGAGCUGCCUUCCAGAUGGGGUCACCAUGGCGAUCCAUGGACGCCUCAGACCGAGGUCAUCUACUUAAUAAACUUGCUGACUUAGUGGAGCGAGAUCGGCUUCUACUGGCAACCCUGGAGGCUCUGGACUCCGGCAAAGUGUUUCUCAUGGCGUAUUUUGUAGAUCUGAUGGCAACAAUCAAAACUUUGAGAUAUUAUGGAGGCUGGGCCGACAAGGUUCACGGCAAAACCAUCCCAGUAGAUGGAGAGUACUUUACUUACACUCGACAUGAGCCCAUUGGAGUAUGUGGCCAGAUCAUUCCUUGGAACUUCCCAUUGAUGAUGUUUGCAUGGAAGAUUGCUCCUGCUCUGUGCUGUGGGAACACUGUCAUCAUCAAACCUGCUGAACAGACUCCAUUGUCAGCCCUGCACAUGGCUGCACUCAUAAAAGAGGUCGGGUUUCCUCCGGGUGUGGUGAAUGUGGUGCCGGGCUACGGUCAGACAGCCGGCUGUGCCAUUUCUCAUCACAUGGACAUAGACAAAAUCGCCUUCACCGGAUCUACCGCUGUUGGGAAACUCAUUCAGAAGGCUGCAGGAGACAGCAAUCUGAAGAGAGUUACACUGGAACUCGGUGGCAAAAAUCCAAAUAUUGUCUUUGCAGACUGUGACUUAGAGUACGCAGUGGAGCAGGCCCACAGUGGUCUGUUCUUCAACCAGGGCCAGUGCUGUCUGGCUGGAUCCAGGGUGUUUGUGGAGGAACCGAUCUACGAGGAGUUUGUCCGUCGUAGCGUCGAGAGGGCCACAUCCAAAAUCCUGGGAAACCCACUGCUGCCAGGGGUGGAUCACGGGCCACAGAUUGACCAGAAGCAGUUUGAUAAGAUAAUGGAGCUGAUAGAGAGCGGGAAGAGGGAGGGAGCCACGCUGGAAUGUGGGGGGUCCGCGUGGGGUCAGCAGGGACUCUUUAUCCAACCCACCGUCUUCUCAAAUGUCACAGAUGAUAUGCGCAUCGCCAAAGAAGAGAUUUUUGGUCCAGUGCAGCAGAUCAUGUGUUUCCGUAGCGUCCAUGAAGUCAUCCAGAGAGCCAACGGCACACACUACGGCCUGGCAGCGGGCGUGUUCACCAACGACAUCGACAAAGCCCUGACAGUCUCCUCUGCGCUGCAGGCUGGCAUGGUCUGGGUGAACUGCUACAAUGCCAUGAGUGCUCAGUGUCCGUUUGGUGGCUUCAAAAUGUCUGGCAACGGGAGGGAGCUGGGAGAAUAUGCCCUUCAGGAGUACACAGAGGUCAAGGCAGUCACCAUCAAAAUCUCCCAGAAGAACUCGUAACACCAUCAUAUCACAGGACUGACUUUAUUGUGUCUUUUAAAUUCUCGAUGGCUUCAGACUUUCCGCGGGGCAGUCAUACAGGUGUGUUUGGAAGCCAUCUUUGAUUCUGUGUCACUUCAUGAACAUUUAUUCUUCACAUUUCUGCUGAGAUAUUUCCUGUUUUUACCCAAUAUCUUGUCCGUGUUACGUCUCUUUUAGUUUAUAUAUUUCUGUGACAAUUUGUGUUCUUCUCCGAUGUUUUACUUUAACGGUUUUGUGGACAGUAAUGUUUUCUCCAGUAGUAACAUUGUUGUGAGCCUGUUGUUUUUUUCUGAAGUUACAACUUAAAUAGCACUUAUACCAUCAUUUGAAUUGGCCUCAUACAAAAAAUAGACAAAAGACAUUGAACAAACUAUUUACAGGGAUUUCAAAAUGAAAUCAAUAAAACUGUUCAGCCAUCUUGAUAACCAGUCAACUUUACACUGAUUUCAAUGCGGUUAAUAUUCCUUGCUAUAUAUCUGUAUUACAACCAUAGACUGUAUAUAAGCUGAAGUUUCUUGAUCGCCACCUGUUGGCUGGUUGCAGUAUAGGUCAUAAAUCCUGCCUCCUCCAUAUUAAUGGAUGGGACAUGGAUCCCCUGAUCAAUAAUGUGCAGACUCUCCAAAAACGCAAGAUGGCAGAGUUCAUAUCCAUAGCUUCAUUUCUGAAUUGUGGGAGGAAGUAAAGACGUGUUUUCCAUCUUUAUAUACAGUCUAUGAUUACAACCUGGUACUGUGUCAUAACAUUUGUCGCCAUUUUUGCUGUAAUACUAGUAUUUAACAUAAAGCAGUAAUUUCUGUCUUUACACUUCAGCAACUAUAGACUUUUCAGCUGUACAAUAGUGAAUGCAUGUUUAUUAUACUAAUACUUUAAUGCCUCUCAUAUAUGCAGUAAAAUAACUAUAAUAAUAUAAUAAAUUAGUGAAACAUUA